GAGAAAUUUGAGGAAUACUUUAGUCCUCUACAAUGAACUGGGGAACCAUGCAAAACUUUAUGAAGGGAAAAACCAUUUUAGUGACAGGCACAACAGGCUUCUUAGCGAAAGUUUUUGUGGAAAAGAUAUUACGGAUUCAACCAGAGAUACAAAAGCUUUACCUUCUCGUGAGAGCUUCAAAUACUGAUAUGGCCUCUCAUCGCUUGCAAAACGAGGUCUUUGACACAGAUUUAUUUCGAGUGCUACGGGAUGAUUGGGGUGAAGAUUUUAAUUCUUUUAUAUCAAAGAAGGUUGUGGCAGUAGCAGGAGAUGUUGCAGUUGAAAAUUUGGGAAUAAAAGAUCAAAACAUUUUAAAUGUGAUGUUUGAAGAGAUAGACCUUAUUGUCAAUUCUGCUGCAACUACCAAUUUUGACGAAAGAUUUGACAUCUCAAUGGGUGUUAAUACGAUGGGAGCUUUACAAGUCUUAAACAUUGCAAAAAAGUGUCACAAAGUAAAGCUCCUUGUACACAUAUCUACCGCUUAUGUGUGCGGAGAGGCUAAGGAAGAAGGAUCAAUUUUUCAAGAGAAACCAUUUGAGAUGGGUCAAUCCCUAAAAGGGACUUCAAAACUAGACAUACACACAGAAAUGAAUUUGCUGGAGAAAAAAUUUGAUGAACUACGAGCAAUGAAUGUGGAUGAAAAAACUCUCAAAUAUGCAUUGAAAGAUUAUGGAAUUGAAAGAGCAAAUUUGCAUGGUUGGCCUAACACAUAUUCAUUCACAAAAGCAAUGGGAGAUUUAGUUCAUCACAAACAUAAGGUACCAUUGAUCAUUAUACGCCCCACAAUGAUAACUAGUACAAGUAAAGAACCGUUUCCUGGUUGGAUUGAAGGUCAAAGAACUGUUGAUAGUAUGAUAUGUGCCUAUGGUAAAGGGAAACUUCCAUAUUUUCUCGGUAAUCCCAGGACAGUUUUAGACAUAAUACCUGCAGAUUUGGUCAUCAAUUGUAUGAUUGCAGCCAUUGUUAUUAAUUCAAAUCAAGCUCCUAAAAAUUUCAUCUACCAUGUUUCUUCUUCGUUAAGAAAUCCUCUCAAAAUUUCUGAUGUCCACAAUAUUUCCCAUCGGUAUUUCAUGAAAACUCCUUGCCUAAACAAAGAUGGAAAGCCAAUAGUCAUCUCCAAGGGAAUUGCCUUUAAAAGUAUGGCUGCUUUUAACAUUUAUACAGAGACCCGAUAUGUCCUCCCACUUGAGGUUUGUUAAAUGUUAAGUACUCAAACAAACUAAUAUUAAAUCAAGCUAUAUUUUUGACACAAAUGAUUCUACAAAAUUACCAAUGAAUGUGAGAGUGUAUUGAUAGCACUCAUUUUUUG